AUGGACAUGACCUCAAGAAACAUAGAUGUUGAUUCUCAGACACCACCUUCGAUUCCUCCACAACCCAACAACAAUAACAGCAUAACACCAACAACAACCUUAAAGUCCUCACCUUUCACUAACGGCACACACAAACGCCACCAUACAACCACCACAACCACCACUCCACCACCGUCAUCCACGGUGGUUUCUUACAAAGAAUGUCUCAAAAACCAUGCUGCGUCUCUAGGUGGACAUGCACUUGAUGGAUGUGGAGAAUUCAUGCCUUCACAAUCCGUUAAUCCAAAUGAACCUAGAUCCCUCAAAUGUGCUGCUUGUGGUUGUCACCGGAAUUUCCACCGCCGUGAACCUCAAGAACAGCAUAUCACCACCAACACCACCAACGCCAACGCCACCAUCAACACCACCACCAACGCCACCACAAACCCCACUUUUCUUAACUGCAUCUACACUCCACCAUCAACAACCGUUCCACCACCACAACCACCACCACCAUUACAACUACCACACCGUGGCCCGAUUAGUCAAAGCACAAGCCCAAGUCAAAGCACAAGCCCAACCUCAAGCCCAAGCCCAACUUCAAGCCCGUCCUCUCCACCACCACUCUCACAUUUACCACCUUAUCAUCAUCGCUCUUCAGCCCCUCACAUGCUGCUAGCACUUGGAAAUGCUUAUUCAACACCACCACAAUCUGACCAUGAUCAACAUCAACACCAACACCAACAACCCCAUCAAAGAAAUCUCAAUUUUUCUUCAUCAGUGAUUAAACUCGACAACACAAACAAUAACAGCAACAACUCAAGCGGUGGGAAAAAGAGGUACAGGACAAAAUUCAGCAAGGAGCAGAAAGAUAUGAUGUAUGGUUUUUCUGAGAAACUGGGUUGGAGAAUGCAAAAGGGUGAUGACGGAAUUGUUCAGAAAUUCUGCAAUGACAUUGGUGUUUCAAGAGGGGUUUUCAAAGUUUGGAUGCACAAUAACAAGAAUUUGAGGAAGAGACCAGAAUCUGAGGUUGGAAUUGCAACUCCUAUAAGCAAUAAUAAGAACAACAACAAUAAUGAUGGAUCCAACAAUGUCAUUCAUAUGGAUGAAGAUGGAUGUGUUAAUGUUCAUGUUUCUUCUGUUAAUGUUUUGCCCUCUAAUUAG